AUGACAGCCGUCCCCCUCGUCCAGCCUCUUGACCUCACGCGCUUUUCCCUCCCUUACGAGCUCUCUGCCAACUCAACCGAGCGCGGCACCACCGUCUCCCAAACCUACGGUCGCCCCGUGUCUGAACGUGCAGCUGCCUCGCCAACGUCCAGCGACUCGUUGGUCUCGCUCCCAUCCUCGGCGUCGGCUCACCAGACGACGUUCCCUUCUUCCAUCUACCCUCCCCCUCCACCUUCGACGGCCAGCACGUUCUCCCCGAACCUGCAGGUGAUCACUCCUCCCGACAGUAACGUUCUCAAGACGGCCAGCGCGCGCGGCAGCAACUCGCCCUCCUCGUGGUUUGACAGUGCGCACAAGCCCUCGUCACUCCCAGCCUCCAACAACGGCAGCUUCCCCGUCCGCGAGUUUUCUUUCCCCCAGUUUCCUUACACACCCUUCUCUUCCUCUUACUCUUCAUACCGCACCCCAUCUUUCCAAGAGGACAUCCAGCCCCCAGCCUACCAGUACCCGUACUACCCUUCAUACCCAACAAGCAUGCCCCCUACCGCACAGCAGCAGGCAGACGCCCGCCACGCGCGCGAGCUCGCCAAGGCCCGUCGCCAUGUCUGCGUCUCCUCCAACCUUCGCCGCCACGAACGCACCCACGAGCAGCGUGCCCGCCCCAAGCAGACGAUCUCGUCAACCACCUCGGCCACGUCGUCUGCCACUUCGUCGGCCACUCCUCGCAGCGCCAAUGUCGUCCAGUACGCUCCCCCCACGGGCAUGUACCCUCCCUCUGGCAACUACCCCUAUGCCUACAGCAGCACCCCCCACCCUUCGGGCCACGGCACUCACGGCACCCAGCCUCCCCAGUACAACUAUGGCAUGCCGCCGUCGGCGGGCGGUGGCGGCAACUCGAACCGCACCAACUACCACGUUGUUCGCCGCAGCAUGGCCAGCGCCGAGCACAACCAGUCUGGUACGCCUCAGAGCCCCUCACCUCCUUCCCCCAUCUACUCUCCCUCCCCUUCCCCCUCCCAGCCCUUUUGGCGCCCCAUCCUUAUGCCGCAGCCCACCAAGCCCCACACCGCCAGGUUUGGGUGA